AUGCAUACUAAUCACAGAGUGCUUAUUGCGUGGACUUCCUGGUCUAUGCAAGCCCGCCUUCGGAGUCCGAGGUUUGCGGGGCCGAUCGUGGAAGCCUCGAGGUACUCACCGACACCAUACAUUCGACGCUCCAUUUUUCUGAGCAACGAUACAACAAUGACAGAACUUAAGCUUGACGAGGCGCCGUACACAAUACACAACCUGCCAUACGGUGUAUUAUCAACUCCGGACGAGCCGCAGCCCCGAACCGCAGUUGCCAUUGGUCAUCAUGCUAUUGACCUCGCCAAAUACGCUCAGAAUGGCACAUUGAAGCGAAUUGAAGAGGCAUAUGGUAUAAACCUCAAGGAGAUCUUCAGCCAAUCCGCCUUAAAUGCGUUCGCUGAACUACCAUGGGACGUUCGUAAGGAAGUUCGUCUACAGCUACAGGACGACCUGGAGGCACAGCGGGUACCUGCCGAAGUGCUGGUACGCCUUCAAGAUGCCAUUCUUCACCUGCCGAUGCAGACAAAAGGCUUUUCAGAUUUCUACACGAGCCUCGACCAUUGCAAGAAUUGCUCAGGCGAAUUAACGUCCAAGAAUAUCUACAAGAACUGGUUCCACGCACCUUCUGUCUACAACAGCCGGGUAAGCUCCAUCGUGUCUACACCUGCGGACAUUCACCGUCCGAAGAAUGUUGCCUGGUCAAAUGGUAUUGAUUCAGAGCCGGUACAUGGGCCCUCUAAGAAGCUUGAUUUCGAGUUGGAGAUGGGCUUUUAUGUCAGCAAACCGGUACCCUUCGGCGAGACCUUGGCAAUCGAAAACGUAAAGGAGCACAUUUUUGGUUUUGUCCUGCUAAAUGAUUGGAGCGCGAGGGAUCAUCAACUUUUUGAGAUGCGACCUCUCGGUCCUUUUCAUUCGAAAGGCUUCGGAACGAGUAUAUCGAAUUGGAUAGUGCCAUUGGAAGCUCUGGAGCCUUUUGGGACAACACCACAUCUUGUUCAGGAUCCGCCGCCUUUUCCUCAUCUGACCUGGGCCGGUAAGGACGAUGGCGCACUUGACAUUAAAUUGAGAGUCAAGCUUGUGCGAAAUGGCGAGACGCAGGUUCUCAGCACGAGUAACUUGAAGUAUUUGUAUUGGACUCCAUAUCAACAGCUCGUUCAUCACGCCGCCAGCGGCUGUGGUAUGCAGACUGGCGAUCUCAUUGGAACUGGAACGAUAUCAGGUUCUGGUCGGAAUGAGCAAGGUGAAAUGGCUGAGCUUGGUUGCCUAUACGAGGCCGAAAGGACGAAGACCAGCGUCAUGCCACCAAAGAUAGCUUCGUCGGCUUACGAGGACGGCUAUAUCGAGGACGGAGACGAGAUCAUACUAGAAGGAUGGUGCGAGAACGCGGAAGGCAAGGUGCAACUAGGCUUUGGAGAAUGCAGAGGCAGGAUCCUACCACCGAAGUAA